UAUAUCCGCCUUCUUCUUCUUCUUCUUCUUCUUCUUCAACAACAAAAUCUCUCUCAGAGCCUAUACUAAAUCGCCCGGAGCUCAACUUCUCCGGCCAUGUCUCAGUCAAUCCAAUUCUCAACUCCUUCACGCACUCCUCACCUUCUCCACCUCCCUCACUCACGCUUCCACCGCCCUCUCACUUCCCUAUCCUUCCGCCAAUUCCCUCUCAAAUACACCUCCAUCAGAGCCUCCUCCUCUCCGGAAGAGCGAUCCGUCGUAGCCACCGCGGUCUCCACGGACACGGCAGCGAUAGACGUCGAUACCGUGACGGAAGCGGAGCUGAAGGAGAACGGAUUCAGGAGCACGAGGAGAACGAAGCUGAUCUGCACGAUCGGGCCUGCCACGUGCGGGUUCGAGCAGCUGGAAGCGCUCGCGGAGGGAGGCAUGAACGUGGCGAGGCUCAACAUGUGCCACGGCACGCGCGAGUGGCACCGCGAUGUGAUACGCAGCGUUAGGAAGCUUAACGAGGAGAAAGGAUUCGCGGUUGCUAUCAUGAUGGAUACUGAAGGCAGUGAGAUUCACAUGGGAGAUCUUGGCGGUGGUGAAUCUUCUGCUAAAUCUGAGGAUGGUGAGGUUUGGACAUUCACUGUUAGAGCCUUUGAUUCUUCUCGACCUGCACGUACCAUCAGUGUGAGCUAUGACGGUUUUGCUGAAGAUGUAAGAGUUGGUGAUGAGCUUCUGGUUGAUGGUGGAAUGGUGAGAUUUGAAGUGAUUGAGAAGAUUGGUCCUGAUGUCAAGUGUCUAUGCACCGACCCUGGACUGUUGCUUCCUCGAGCUAACUUGACUUUCUGGAGAGAUGGAAGUCUUGUACGUGAGCGUAAUGCUAUGCUUCCAACAAUCUCUUCCAAGGAUUGGUUGGAUAUUGAUUUUGGAAUUGCUGAAGGUGUGGAUUUCAUUGCUGUAUCGUUUGUCAAGUCAGCUGAAGUGAUCAAUCAUCUUAAAAGCUAUCUCGCAGCUCGUUCCUGUGGAGGGGACAUAGGAGUGAUUGCAAAGAUCGAGAGUAUUGAUUCUUUAACAAACUUGGAAGAGAUAAUCCUAGCAUCAGAUGGAGCCAUGGUUGCAAGAGGAGACCUGGGAGCUCAGAUACCUCUCGAGCAAGUUCCAGCAGCUCAGCAAAGAAUCGUCAAAGUCUGCAGAGCGCUGAACAAACCCGUCAUCGUUGCUUCGCAGCUACUCGAGUCCAUGAUCGAGUACCCAACUCCAACCAGAGCAGAAGUAGCCGACGUGUCUGAAGCAGUAAGGCAAAGAUCAGACGCGUUGAUGCUCUCUGGAGAAUCAGCUAUGGGUCAGUUCCCGGACAAGGCUCUCACGGUUCUCAGGAGUGUCAGUCUAAGAAUCGAGAGGUGGUGGAGGGAAGAGAAACGUUACGAGUCUACUCCACUUCAACCCAUAGGCUCUGGUUUUUCAGACAGAAUCUCUGAAGAGAUCUGUAACUCUGCUGCUAAAAUGGCAAACAACCUUGGAGUCGACGCGGUUUUCGUCUACACAAAGGACGGACACAUGGCGUCUUUAGUUUCCCGCUGUCGCCCAGACUGCCCGAUCUUUGCUUUCACGACCACAACCUCGGUGAGGAGACGGUUAAAUCUACAAUGGGGACUGAUCCCAUUCCGGCUAAGCUUCUCAGAGGACAUGGAGAGCAACUUGAACAAAACAUUCUCGUUGCUGAAAUCAAGAGGUAUGAUCAAAUCAGGAGACCUCGUGAUCGCAGUCUCGGACAUGUUGCAAUCGAUCCAGGUAAUGAACGUUCCGUAGGUUCAUUCUCUCUUGCAAACAUUUCUCCAAAGACUGUUUUGUUUCUACUUUGUUGCUGUUUAGACUUACUUCUACAUUAGAUUCCUAAGGCAACAGUGGACGAUGCCAUGAGUGUAAGCUUUGUUUAUUGUGUACUGUGUUUUUUCUGGCUUUCAAUAAUAUAAUUAAUCUGUUACAUUA